AUGCGAUUCUCAAUCUCGUGGUUGCGUGUCAUGCACUGGAACAGCACACUUCAGCGUAUGCAGCCGAAUCGCGAUGCUGUAUUCGCUGGUGAUUUCCUUAACUUUACGAUCCUCAAAGACUACGCCGAACUCAUUCUGACCGAAUUUGGUCAAAAAGUGAAGUUUUGGUCGACGAUCAACGAGCCGCUUUCGUACAUGUACAUCUUCUACAUUUUCGCCGUAACAGACAGCGACGAGUACGAGGCUGCGCUUAAUUUGCUGCUGGCUCAUGCAGAUAUGGUUGCACUUUUCCGAAAUCUCCAAAAUCAAGGAAGCUGCUCCAAUCGGUUUAACUUGGGCUGGUUUCUGGCCCCACUUUCCACCGGUGACUACGCGCCUAUGAUGCGCGAGAGCAAAGAGUCAUACGACCUCAUCAUGAUCAACCAUUAUUUCUCCAACCUGAUUACCUUUUGCGAUUCGGAGCAUUCAGAAACGAGUUGCUCUAGUCUUAUGAAAGGGUAUUUCGCUGACAUGGGAGCUGAUAACACGCAAGUGCACAACGACUCGAUUAUCGGAUCUGGUAGCAUUGCUAACCCAACCAGUUGCACCGAUCAUUUCUGUUUCCCACCCAGUUAUAUCAAGUACAUCCGUUGGGCACACGCAUACGAUACGAGCACGGGCAUGUUGCUGACGGAGAACGGAUGGUGUGGAAAUGAAACCAUUGGCAACCAAGACCAGUUGUGGUACUAUCGCACUCACCUUGAGAUGGUACAUCAUGCCAUCUACGAGGAAAAGAUCCCUAUCAUCGGCUACACGGCGUGGAGCUUCGUGGAUAACUACGAGUGGGGUUUGUAUGCACCUCGUUAUGGUCUGUAUUAUGUGAACUUCCCGGAUAAUAUUGGCGACAAGGACGUGUACUCGGUCCCAUCAACGUAUCUGAAUCGCACUGCUUGUACCGCCGCUAAAUGGUACGCGAAUUCAGCAACAACCGGAUGCUUUGAGACGGAACCGGAGGAUAAGAAGCGGCUGAAGUACUUGUAA